AUGGUUCCUGCGACUCACUUUAAGCUCAACACUGGUGCCCAGAUCCCUGCCGUGGGACUUGGCACUUGGAGAUCUGAGCCUGGUCAAGUGCGGCAAGCCGUGUCAUUUGCCCUCGAGAACGGAUAUACUCACAUUGACGCCGCAUUCUCGGCUAACACAAGCAACUCCAGCUCAUUCACUGGCCAGUCCGACUUGUCCCGCGCCCUUUUACCAGCCAACCCCGAUGGCACACGAUCUAUCGACCGAUCCUGGGACCAGAACGAGACCUGGCGCCAGAUGGAGGAGGUAUACAAAGCUGGCAAAGUGAAGGCGAUUGGCGUAGCCAAUUGGUCAAUCUCCUAUCUCGAGGCACUCGAGAAGAAGUGGACUGUGGUCCCUGCCGUCAACCAAGUCGAGCUACAUCCUUUCCUUCCUCAGCACGCAUUGAAGGAGUGGUGCGAUAAGCGUGGUAUUCUUCUCGAGGCGUAUUCACCACUCGGCUCUGAAGGCGCUCCGCUCUUGUCCGAUCCUGCAAUCCAGGAGAUUGCUAAGAAGAACGAUGUUUCGGCUGCCACGAUCCUUGUUAGCUACCAUGUCAACCGGGGUGUUGUUGUACUGCCCAAGUCUAUUAAAGAAAGUCGGAUCGUGAGCAAUAGCCAAGUCAUCGCUUUGUCCAGUGCGGAUAUGGAUGCGUUGAAUGGAUUGGCUGCGCAAGGAAAGGCGAAGCGUAUCAAUACGCCUCUGUUUGUGUGGGAUCUCGGGUUUGAUGAUUGGUAUAAGCAGUGA